CUCUCAUACGUGCUGGCCCCCGAUACUUUAAAAUUCCAUCCUCGGCUCUUGGAAACCUGCAUCUCUACAGCUGGACCCCUGACUCGUCCUGGUCCUGCCAUUAGCAGACUCUGAGCCAUGGUCUUCAGCAAACAAGAGGCCAUCAGCUUCUCUGUGACUACACUGGGUUGGGUGGGUGCCAUUGUGAGCUGUGUGCUGCCCGUUUGGAGGGUGACAUUUCCAGAUGAUGAGACAGAUCCAGGUGCCAUCAUUUGGGAGGGUCUGUGGCACAUAUGCCAGGUUCGGGAAAACAGGUGGAUACAGUGUACACUGUAUGACACCCGGCUACUGGUAGCACAGGACAUAAAAGUGUCUCGAGUCUUUAUGGUCAUCUGCACCAUUGGAACCUGGCUGGGAUUGCUGCUCUGCGUGCUUGGGGAUUGGCGCAUCAAUUGUUUCAUGAAUUUUACUAUUGAAGAGAACCUCUUGAAGGUAGCCGGUGGGAUGUUUCUUAGUGUUGGCCUUCUGAUGCUGGUACCCCUGUCUUGGGUAACACACAACAUCAUNCAUGGCUUCUUUAACCCAUUGAUGGGCUUCUCGAAGAAAGUACAGAUGGGCACUUCACUCUACCUGGCCUGGACCAGCUUCCUGCUGCUGUUGCUGGGAGGUAUCCUGCUCUGUGUCAACAUCCCAGUGUGCAGAGACUUUCCCAGUUGCAUUGAGAUCCCUGGUGUCAGACCUUCAGAAGCCAACAGCAAUACCCCAGAUGUUUGAUGGCCAGCACACUCACGCCUGGAGUGGAAAACUUCCUCAAGAGGCCUCUCUCCAGGUUCUAGAAUCAUUGAACUGGAAGGAGGAAAGACAGGUCA